GGUAGUGGCAGUGGUGGAGUAGCAGCAACAACACCACUAACAUCAACACUGUCCUCAACAGCUACGACGGCUACCCUAAAUGGCUAUCAUCAUCAUCACACAACAACAUCGUCAUCGUGUAAUGGCAGUGAAUCUCCCAGGGAUAAGGAUAAUCUACAGCGUCGACUUGCUGAUCUUGAGGCGGCAUUCGUGCGAUUAGAGCAAAAGUUAAAUAAAAGUCAAUGCGGGUCGCCAACAUUUGAAAAAGAACUGCGCCAGCAGCUGGAAAACAUGAGUCGUGUUAUGAAAUCCAAAGAGCGAAGACAAUUACAAACAUGUCGGGAUCACAAAGCACUGCAGACUCGCUUCGCACGCCAGGAGAACUUGCUGCACGCUCUACAACAAGAAAACAAAGCUUUACUAACACGAAUACGACAAUACGAACAUUGUCUGGACGAUGUUAUGCGUAAGGUGGUCGAUGCCAUUGUGGCCGAGGAUAAUUUACGCGAAGAAGUUGUACUACUCAAGAGUCGGGUACGUGAUUUGGAAGCUCAAAAUGCUGCGCUGUCUGCCAGCCCCGCUAAGGGACGUGAUGAGGGCUAUUGUACAAUGAGCAGUGGCCAACCACAACCCUCCAAUGGUCAUUUAGAAGACUUACCCGAAGAACCCGAACAAUGGUUGCUGCCCGCUGAACCAUGCUCAACGGAAAUGGAAGAUUGGAGUAUGUCGCAAGAGGAAUUGGCUGUGAUAACAUUGGAUGAAAGUCGGGAACAGCAGCAGAGGAGGCAACAGCUGAAAUUGAGUAGUAAUAGUGUAAAUGGUGAACAUGAUUGGCUAUGGAAUUCGAAUGAUUUACUCAAUUCCACCAUGGUGGAAACGGAUUCGGUAACGGAUAAUAUAUCACAGCUACUGCAACAAAAGAUCAUCUAUUCCGAAGAUGAGGAGGUGACAUGCACGGAAUUCACCAAUGACUUUUAUAAAUUGGUCAAUAUACGUUCGAAUUCAGCACGCAGCCUCUACUCUUAUGUGGAUGAAGAUACCGAUGAAGAAGACGACGAUGAUGACGAGGAUGAAGAAGACACAGAAAAUGAUUUGGAAGACGAUGGCAAUUCCAGCCUAUCACCCAGUCAUAAACGUUUACGCUCCAAAGUUUUAAAAUCCCGCCAAUCACAACCCAGCCCCACACCCAGCGAAGCUGGUCGAGCCCAAGUUACUAGUUGUUCCUCAAGUGAAACGGAUGAUUUCUCUCACUGCACUACCACCACAAAUUCCAUCCAUACGGAGAUACCCUUGCACACGCUGGAAGAAAAUGACGUCGACGAUGAUGAUGAAGACGAUUCGUCUUGUUGUGAAAUCCCCGAAAAUGGUCUUGCUGAACAUCAAUCGCAAGAGUCACACGAGCAUCAUCAUCAUCAUCAUGAUGAUCACAGUGAUAUUGAAAUUGAAGAUGUCAUUCCAUUGGAUAGCAAUUUACCACCACCACCGCCGCCACAACAUUCACCCUUGAAGAAUCACACAAAUCAUCAGCGAUUAAUAACGGAACAUAUGACGGAAAAGGAAUGCAUUGAACAGAUAAUUAAAACGGAACUCAGCCGUACACCCAAACGUCAUAAACUAAUGAAAUCGCAAUCGACCAUAGAGGAGCGUGAAACAUGCCACAUUUUGAGAAAUCAAUAUUCGCCACAACAUCUCAACCCUAGUGGCCAGGUAGUACGUAGCGGUAGUGUUAAUGGAAAUUUGGUGGCCAAAACGAAUAAAUAUCAGGAGCGUCUGCAGAAUGCCAAUAAUUCAUGGCGUCGCAGUAAUGGUUGGAAACGUGUUAUGUCGCCGGCACGUUCGCCAACAAUUGUUUCACCAAAAAAGGACACAAAUAAAUCCAAUGAUGCAAAAAGUCCACCCAAAGUGAUACCAACACGUAUACCAUCCUGUAUAUCACCCUCAUCACUGCAUCAUUCCUCGAAUAAUCAACAAACGAAAAUUUUUAGCAGCAACAAUACAACAACAGCAGUGACCGUGGCAGCCAACAAUAUAAGUUCUAAUCAAAAUUCUUCACAUCAAACGCCUGCAGUACGUAAAUCGAAAAUUCCUCCCCCUGUACCCGUAAGACGUUCCUAUGCUAGUUAA